AUGAAGAUUUCUUCUCUUUUCACUAUAUCAACCGCCCUUACGUGGUUACCAACCGGCAUCUUGGCCAGCAAUGCUGAGUCAGACGAUUCCGACUGCCACAUAUGGGUUAGGAAUGACAAGCGUGUCCCAGUUGGGUAUGGCAAAGCUGUGACGGGUCGGCCAGCUACCGUCCGAAUCAACUACGGCGAACACCAGGGAGAAAAAUGGACAUUUAACACUCAUGCGGAUCAAUCUCGACCACAAAUUUGCAGCGCCAACAUACCCAGCGGACAACCGGCCUUUCAUAGCGGCUGGAUGAUCAAAACCUUCAAGUCGGAGCCAUGGUUGACAUACGCGAUCAACAACAAACCUGUACCAUUUGAGAAUUACGGUAGAGAGGAGAAAACGAAGCCCAUGGUUUAUAAGAUGUUUACGAUUCCGCACGGCGAAAUGGGCCUUCCUGGACUUUGGUUUAUCCCUCUUCGGCCCCGUUCAAAGAUGGUUGAAGGAUCACGUCUGAGAUCCCGCGCCAACAGAGCCCUAAUCCGCCGUGGCGCUACGGAGACGAAGGAUGCUUACCCGGACUCGAAGAGCACGUCGGCGGGUUCUGGUUACAUUUGGUGA